AUGUCGGAAGUAAACCGUGGAGAAGAUUCUCGGAUAGUCAAUCAAAGAUUAAAUCUUGCAUUGUCAUUAACACUAUUCGAAAAACAAUUAAAAUUUUUUGAUGGAUACAACAUACCAGUUGAAGAAUUCAUAGAACAAAUAACAUUUGUAGCUUCACGAAUGCCAAUUACUUGUGAAGCCCUUAUAAUAACAAUUAUACUGGAUAAAUUAGAAGGUACCGCAAAAGCUAGCACUAUUGGCAUCCAAUUUAAAAUUUUGAUAGACUUAUUAGAUCAUCUAAAAGAAAAUUUUUCUCCAAAUGUUCUAUUCGACAACUCCUCUCCCUCUAACUACGAUUUUUCGAGAACAAAUUACAAUGCCAUUGACCAUUACAACACGUAUCAACCAAGGAACCAACGACAAAAAUGGGGUCAACAACAUAGAAGAAAAAAUAGAGGCUACAAUAAAUUUAACAAUCAGAAUAUGGACAAGAGUUUUAGAAAAAAUGGACAAAACAGGAACAUGGAUUGGCAAGAUUAUGGAAGAGAAGACUUUUAUAACUAUGAUCGGAAUUUCGACGAGUACAAUGUCGAAUACGGAAAUUUACAACACAGAUUUAGAAACGAAUAUAAAAGAUACAAGGACGUCCAGGAUGGUUACAGUAGAGAUGAUCAAAAAGACCACAGAUAUGACAACUACGAAGAGUCUUAUACAAUGAGCUUUAACGAAAUAUAUUCUAAUAUUUAUAAUUCAAUGUGUUUGCAGAACUCACUCACAGACCAAAACUCCUUUAGGGUUGAAAGUCAAUUAAAUUAUAGUGUCUCAACCCCAGCGAAUGAGCCACAAGUUGUAAGCAAAAGCGAAGAAUCAAUUAACAAAAAGACCAUUCAAAAAAUACAAAAACCUGUGGAAGAAGAAGAACAAACAGCAAUGUAUAUGGAUCCUAUUAUAAGUACUUUCGACGACGACAAAGAAGAUAUCAACAUCAAUGAAAAACCACCAAACAAGAAAAAGAUGGACAUACAUGGAGAUUUAGACAGAAAAAUCAGUUUAUCGUUAGAAGAAAACCAAACUUGUAUUUUGGACAACAAAAUGCUGGAAAAAGAGGAAGAGAAUAGAAAGGAAACACUACAAAUGCCAAGUUCGAAGAAAAGGAAAAAUAUAAUCAAAUUAGAAGAGGAUAAUGACGUAAAGAAUUAUAGUUGUUAUAAUCACGAAACAUUACAGCGAGAAAACAAUGCAAAACGAUCUGAAAUUAGCCAUGAAUUAAAUGAAACAAGAUCAGAUCAAAAAGGUGAAGAAAAAAUUGUUGAGAAAAGUAAAGAAUUUUUAGAUAUUAAACAAGCAAACAAUGAGAAUGUUGCAGUCAUGGAUGAUUCAAAUUCAUUAAUACAACAUAUGAAUUCGGACAGCACUAUGAAAAAACUAAGAAAAGGAAAACCUCCUGGUAAAAUCAAAUCAAAAACUCAAGAACAACUAAGUGUAAAAAAUGAAGAAGAAAAAAAAGAAGAAUUAGGCAAUGAAGUAUCAAAUGAAGACGUCAUCAUUUCAACAAAUACUUAUGCUGAGGUAGAAGAAUUUGUCGUAAAUAAGAUUCUAUCAUCUAGAAAAAGUUUAAAUCAAGAAAUUUUAGAAAUGGUAGAAUAUUGUAUCUCAUUGCAUAACGGAUUAUCAGAAAUACAUCAAAAAUAUUUUUGGGAUACAUUUUUACUCGGGACAAAUGAGAAAAAUGAAGUUAUCUGCAAAUUCGAAGGGAAUGAACUACUACAAAAUAAAAUACCUAAAAUAGUAGUAACAAAAGUCUACUCAGAGAGGUUAGGAAUAGGUUAG